UAUGGCGGUGAUCUAGAUUAUGUGAAGCUGGAUAGGUCGAAGAUUCCAACACCACCAUAUUUUGUGCACGAACAAAACGAGCCAGUAAUUUAUUUCACGCUCGAAUCAACGCAGGCCUCUAACGGGCAAAACCUAGACUACCUGAAAGAGCGAACACUCAGAUGUAAAGCUGAAGGCAAUCCUUCACCCAUUUAUAAAUGGAAAAAGAAUGGUAAACCAUUCAAUUUGAAUAUGUACUCGAAUCGAGUCGCACAAGUACCAGGAGAGGGUUCGUUCGUAUUUUCAAAAUUAACAGCCGCCGACGAGGGUCUUUAUCAGUGCGAAGCAACCAAUGAUAACGGAACGGCUGUAUCGGAAAAAAUUCGACUCCAGCAAACUUGGAUACGAUAUUUUCCACAAGCUGAACCAGAAGUGGUUCGGGUGGAGCUUGGUGACGCGUACCAACGUAAUUGCACUCCACCGGAAUCGAAUCCAGCUGCACGAGUAUAUUGGAUAUUCAAAGGUGAUGAAGAGGGCUCGUUUGAUUCUAUCAACAGUUCACAUAUUUCAACCAAUGAAUUGGCUAGUUUUUUGAAAAAUUUCUUAUGUUUACACUUUAUGUCUACUUAG